AUGGCCGAAUCAACAGACCCCCAGCCUCUUCCCUAUGUUCCCCUCCAACCCUUCAACAAUGACUCCCUCGCGACGGGCGGCGACUCGCUGCUCUACGACCUCAACGUCUUCUACAAUGCGGGCGAUAUUGCGUGGAUGAUAACCUCCACCGCACUUGUCUUGCUCAUGAUUCCAGGCGUUGGCUUCUUCUACUCUGGUUUGGCGCGGCGAAAGUCCGCCUUGUCGCUGUUAUGGCUGUCUGUCAUGGCCACCGCAGUCGUCUCUUUCCAAUGGUUCUUCUGGGGCUACUCCCUGACUUUCUCCCACAAGGCGGGAAGGUACAUCGGAGCCCUCGAUAACUUUGGCUUCAAGGAUGUCCUCGCCGCCCCCUCAGUCGGCAGCCCCCGCAUCCCCGACUUACUAUUCGCUGUGUAUCAGGGCAUGUUCGCCGCCAUCACUGUUGCUUUAGCUGUUGGUGCUGUCGCCGAGCGCGGCAAAAUGCUCCCCUGCGUUAUCUACAUGUUUGUUUGGACCACUGUCGUCUACGACCCGAUUGCCUGCUGGACCUGGAACCCCAAGGGCUGGGUGUACCAGAUGGGCGGUCUGGACUUUGCUGGAGGAACCCCUGUCCAUAUCGCCUCCGGCACCGCGGCGCUGGCUUACUCGUACAUGCUCGGAAAGAGAAGGGGCCAUGGUACUCAGGAACUCAACUACCGCCCGCACAACGUCACUCACAUCGUCAUCGGUACUGUCUUCCUCUGGGUGGGAUGGUUCGGCUUCAACGCCGGUUCAGCGUUGUCCGCCAACCUCCGCGCCGUCAUGGCUGCCGUGGUCACCAACCUGGCUGCGUGUGUCGGCGGCAUGACGUGGUGCCUCGUUGAUUACCGUCUGGAACGUAAGUGGUCCACCGUGGGCUUCUGCUCGGGGGUGAUUGCUGGACUGGUCGCAAUCACACCUGGAUCGGGUUAUGUGCCCGCCUGGGCCGCGGUUGUUUACGGUGUCUGCGGUGGCAUUGCUUGCAACUACGCUACGAAGCUGAAGUACUUCCUUCGCUGUGACGACGCUCUUGACAUCUUCGCUGUUCAUGCCGUUGGCGGUUUCGUUGGCAACAUCUGCACUGCUUUCUUUGCUGCGGACUACAUAGCGCAUCUUGAUGGCUUCAACCACAUCGAUGGUGGCUGGUUGAACCACCACUGGAUUCAGCUGGCUUACCAACUCGCCGACUCAGUUUCUGGAGGCGCUUACUCGUUUGGCGGAACCUGCAUUAUUCUAGGCUGCUUGGACGGCAUUGGAAAGUUCGUGCCGGCUCUGAAACUUCGUGCCACCGAAGAGGAGGAGGUCCUGGGUAUCGAUGAUGUGGAGAUUGGCGAGUUUGCUGUAAGCCUUCCACCCCCUAUAACCACUUGA